AUGGCGACUCGGCUUGAUCGACUCGUUACGAUACUCGAAACGGGGAGUACCCGAUUAAUACGGGACACAGCCGUCAAUCAGCUUGCCGACUGGCAAAAACAGCAUCCCGAAGAGUUAUUCAAUCUCCUUUCGAGAGUCGUUCCCUACCUUCGCCACAAGGACUGGGAAACCAGAACAACUGCUGCCAAGGCGAUAGGCAAGAUCAUUGAAAAUGCGCCGCUUUACGACCCCAAUGCUGGCCAGGACGAGGCUGCUCCGGAACCUACAAACGGCUCUUUCGAAGUGAAGAAAGAAGAGGAGAAGGAUGUCCUCGAGCAGGAUAAUUUCUUUCGUCUCGAAUCUCUGGAUGUCGCCACGAUUGUCAAGUACGGACGACCCCUUCUCCGCGGCGGCCCUGUCGAUUACAAUCUUGCAGCCCUGGAUCCCCAGAAGCGGCUGGCCCAUUUGAAGAAAACGCUGAAUGGCCGGCUGGGGUUGCUUGGACGUGUCUUUGAAGACGAGGAGAUGCCGGUUGAACAGAUUGCUAGUCCGAUCACGCCGAACGAUGCCGCUGGCGCGAACGGAGUAGGCCGGCAGGACGGCGCAAGCAAUGACAACCAGAGCCAGGCUAUCGAUGAGAGCAAGAUGAGCGCCCGUCAACUCAACGUGCUCAAGCGCAAGAGGAAGAGGGAAGCCCAGAAGGCUGCCCAAGGAAAGAGCGGGUUUGGUGAUCUUUCACUUCGCCGCUCAACGACAGCAGGCUCCGAUGCAUUUGGCGAAGAUACCCCUAUGCCCGACGCCGACUCCAAGAAGAACAAGCUAGCCGAAUACUUUAGUCUUGACAGGCCCGAAAACACAGAAGAAGACACCAAGAUAGUCUCAGAAUUCAAGGGCCCGGUGCUCCCGAUCAAGUCGGAAAUCGAGGCUGAUGACAGCCUUGAGGGCGCUGAGUGGCCAUUCGAGCGGCUUUGCGAGUUCCUCAAGGUCGAUCUGUUUGAUCCCCAGUGGGAGACCCGCCACGGUGCAGCCAUGGGUCUGAGAGAAGUCAUCCGGGUCCACGGCGCUGGUGCUGGCCGGCGCAGGGGCAAGACACGCAAGGAGAACAACGACCUCAACCGCCAAUGGCUCGACGAUUUGGCCUACCGUCUUCUCUGCGUGCUGAUGCUCGACAAGUUCACCGACUACAGCUCCGACACGUCUGUUGCUCCCAUCAGGGAGACCGUUGGUCAAACCCUUGGUGCAGUCCUCCGCCACAUCUCCGUAGAGUCCGUUCACGCCAUUUACCGCCUGCUGUACUGUAUGGUGACCCAGGAAGAUCUUCCGUCGGAGCAAAACAUGUGGGCUGUUUGCCACGGUGGCAUGGUUGGCUUGAGGUACGUCGUUGCUGUGCGCAAAGACCUCUUGCUCCAAGACGGAGACAUGAUCGACGGCGUUGUCCGCUGCGUCAUGCAGGGCCUUGGCGACAUCGACGACGAUGUCCGCUCUGUCAGCGCGGCGACGCUGAUCCCGAUGGCCAAGGAGUUCGUCAUGAUGCGGCGUUCAGCCCUCGACAGCUUGAUCAACAUCGUCUGGGAGAGUCUCUCCAAUCUUGGUGAUGACCUCAGCGCGUCCACGGGCAAGAUUAUGGACUUGCUCGCCACGCUCUGCAGCUUCCCUGAAGUCUUGGAAGCUAUGAAAGUCUCCGCAUCGCAAGAUGAGGAGAGGUCCUUCACUCUCCUCGUUCCCCGGCUGUACCCCUUCCUGCGCCAUACCAUCACUUCGGUACGGCUUGCUGUCCUUAAGGCCCUUAUGACUUUUGCCAAUCUCGGAGGCGAGACAUCCCAGGGAUGGCUCAAUGGGAGGAUCCUUCGUCUCAUUUUCCAGAAUAUCAUUGUCGAACGGGACCAGGAUACCCUCAACAUGUCCCUCGAGCUGUGGACGACCCUCGUCCGCAGACUUGCUGCCAGGGACCCUGCCAUCUUGGCCGACGAGUUUGAGGCUCAUGCAGAGCCCAUGAUGCAGUUGGCCCUCCAUCCCAUUGGUGUUCCCCGCCAUCCCAUUCCCAUGAACCCUGCUCUCUUCCAGAAGCCAUCGGGCGGAACCUACUCGCUUCCUGGAGCUUCCCAAACCAACAGCCGACGGUCGUCGCCACCUGAGGGCGAAAGGGCGACGAAGAGGCGACGUAAGUCGACCAAGGCUGAGGACGUCGCUCCGUCCACGCAUACCCACGAUGUCGACGGCCACAUGAUCCAGGGCGAAGUCGACCUGGUCGGUGUUGAUGUCUUGAUUCGUUCCCGUAUCUCGGCUGCCAAAGCAAUGGGUCUCAUCAUGUCCUUUAUUCCUACGCCACGUCUGGCAUCGUACGAUACUGCUGUUCUUCAGGCGCUUUCUUCGCCAUAUGCGUCUACCCAGCUGGCCGCUGCCAUGGUCAUCGACGAGUAUGCGAAGAACUGCAGCACCCCUGAGGUUGCUUCUCGCUUCAUUGAGCCGUUGCAGAAGAUUAUCGACCUGGAACGGCCGUCGCACUACCGCGACUUGGUCACCUACGUUCAGCGGGUGCGCUCAGCGUCACAGCAGCUCAUCAACCUCUUCCGCGACCACGGCAAGGUGUCGCAAGGCAAGUUGCCUACGCUGGCUGUCGUCGUUCAAGGCGAGCCCGAGGCCGGUCCUGGCGCCUUCUCGAUUGCAAAUGCUGAGAAGGUAGUUAACGAAGACUUUGAGCGGCUUAAGAGACUCAUGGCGCCGGGCCAGCGGUUGAUUGCCCUGCCCCAGCUGAAUGAAGCCCGGGAGCAGACAGUUGAGGUCAUUGAGGAGGCUAAGGCGGCCAAGGAAGCUCGCGAUGCCCGCAUCAAGGCUGCCGCAGCCUGUGCCUUGGUCGCCAUGAAGGUGCUUCCGAAGAAGCCUAGUCCUCUUAUUAAGGCCAUUAUGGACAGCAUCAAGACCGAGGAAAACCAGGAGUUGCAGAGCCGAUCGGCCGCUACGAUCGCACGUUUGGUGCAGCUCUUCACGGAAUCUGGCCGCCGUGGUCCCGCCGAGAAAGUUGUGGCGAACUUGGUCAAGUUUUCUUGUGUUGAGGUGGCCGAGACACCCGAGUUCCCCAUCCAUGCCCACAAAACCAAUGUUAUUUUGUCGAUGCAGAAGGAAGAGGAUAGGGUCGACCAUCCUGAUGCAGUCAAGUACGCGCGCGAGGCAAAGGCCGCCCGCAUCACCCGCCGUGGUGCCAAGGAAGCACUUGAGAUCUUGUCCAAGAACUUCGGCGCCGAGCUCCUCGAGCGCGUUCCGACUUUGCGGACUUUUAUGGAAGAGCCUUUGGUUAGGGCCUUUUCUGGCGAUCUGCCGCCCGAAGCCCGCGACCCGGAGAACGCGUUUGGUCAGGAGAUCGUCGAUGCCAUGUCCGUGAUACGCACGAUGACGCCGACACUGCACCCAGCCCUCCAUCCGUUUGUCAUGCAGCAGGUUCCUUUGGUCAUCAAGGCCCUUCGCUCCGAUCUGUCUGUAUUCCGGUAUAUGGCUGCUAAAUGCAUGGCGACGAUCUGCAGCGUCAUUACUGUGGAUGGUAUGACUGCUUUGGUCGAGAAGGUGUUGCCGUCGAUCAACAACCCACUUGAUCUCAGCUUCCGUCAGGGUGCCAUCGAGGUCAUUUACCAUCUCAUCGCUGUAAUGGGCGAUGCUAUCCUUCCUUAUGUCAUCUUCCUCAUCGUGCCCGUGCUGGGUCGCAUGAGUGAUUCCGACAACCAGAUUCGCCUGAUAGCCACGACAUCAUUUGCUACUCUCGUGAAGCUAGUCCCGCUUGAGGCUGGUAUUCCGGAUCCUCCGGGUCUUUCUGAGGAGUUGUUGAAGGGCCGUGACCGCGAGCGCACAUUCAUCGCUCAGCUCCUGGAUCCGAAGAAGAUUGAGCCGUUCAAGAUCCCCGUUGCCAUCAAGGCUGAGCUCCGCUCAUACCAGCAGGAAGGUGUCAACUGGCUUGCUUUCCUCAACAAGUACCACCUGCAUGGUAUCCUCUGCGACGACAUGGGUCUCGGCAAGACCCUCCAGACGAUCUGCAUCGUGGCAAGUGAUCAUCAUCAGCGUGCCGAAGAGUUUGCCAGGACUGGCGCUCCCGAGGUUAGAAAGCUGCCGUCCCUUAUCAUCUGCCCGCCGACAUUAUCCGGUCACUGGCAACAGGAGAUUAAGACAUAUGCUCCUUUCCUUACCGUGACAGCGUACGUAGGCUCUCCGGCCGAGCGGCGUGCCAUGAAGGACUCCCUGGACAAGACCGACAUCGUCAUCACUUCGUACGAUGUCUGCCGCAACGAUAUUGAUGUAAUCGAGAAGUACAAUUGGAAUUACUGUGUGCUGGACGAAGGCCAUCUGAUCAAGAAUCCAAAGGCCAAAAUUACCCUCGCAGUCAAGAGGCUCACUAGCAACCAUCGUUUGAUUCUCACAGGCACGCCAAUCCAGAACAACGUGCUUGAACUCUGGUCCCUAUUCGAUUUCUUGAUGCCCGGCUUCUUGGGCGCCGAAAAGGUGUUCCUUGACCGGUUUGCCAAGCCGAUCGCCAAUAGCCGCUAUAGCAAGGCAUCCUCGAAGGAACAAGAAGCGGGUGCGCUGGCUAUUGAGGCUCUGCACAAGCAGGUGCUGCCGUUCUUGCUGCGUCGUCUCAAGGAAGAAGUGCUCAACGACUUGCCGCCAAAGAUUCUCCAGAACUAUUACUGCGAUCUCAGCGACCUGCAGCGCAAGUUGUUCGAGGACUUCACCAAGAGGGAAGGCAAGAAGAUCACGGAAACUGCCGGUAGAGACGACAAGGAGGCCAAACAGCACAUCUUCCAGGCUCUGCAGUACAUGCGCAAGCUCUGCAACUCGCCGGCGCUUGUCAUGAAGCCAGGUCACAAGGCGUACGAGGACACGCAGAAGUAUCUGGCUAAGCACGGAACGACGCUGGAAGACCCGAUUCAUGCCCCCAAGCUUGGCGCCUUGCGCGAUCUUCUUGUCGAUUGCGGUAUCGGCGUGGAAGGCCAGGAGUCUUCCGACCCUCUGUACACGCCCAUCAAGCCUCACCGGGCGCUGAUCUUCUGUCAGAUGAAGGAAAUGCUCGAUAUGGUACAGAACACGGUGCUCAAGCAGAUGUUGCCGUCGGUAUCGUACCUGCGGCUGGAUGGCUCCGUGGAGGCCAAUAAGCGCCAAGACAUUGUCAAUAAGUUCAACAGCGAUCCUUCAUACGACGUCCUCCUGCUGACGACCAGCGUCGGUGGUCUCGGCUUAAACCUGACAGGUGCCGACACAGUCAUCUUUGUCGAGCACGACUGGAACCCGCAGAAGGAUCUGCAGGCCAUGGACCGCGCUCACCGUAUCGGACAAAAGAAGGUAGUCAACGUGUACCGCAUCAUCACGCGCGGUACGCUCGAGGAGAAAAUCCUUAGCCUGCAGCGCUUCAAGAUUGACGUCGCUAGCACCGUCGUCAACCAGCAGAAUGCGGGUUUGGCUACCAUGGACACGGACCAGAUCCUGGAUCUGUUCAACCUGGGUGAAUCCGGCCCGAGCUUGAUCACGGAUAAUAAGGAGAGCAUCGAGGGCCGCGAAGAGGAUAUGGUUGAUAUCGAGACGGGCGAUGUCAGGCGGCCGGGUAAGAAGGCUGCCUGGCUAGAGGGCCUGGGCGAGUUGUGGGAUAAUGCACAGUACGAGGAAAGCUUCGAUCUGGAUGGUUUCUUGAAGACCAUGCAGUAA